AUGAACAUAGUGAACGAUAAAAUUACAUCCUUGGCAGACUUGGAAGAUGUCGACUCUACAAUAGCAGAGCUUCGGGGCUUGAAGACUCGAAUACAGGCGGUUGUAGAUAAAAAAUUGGCAGAUGAACCUGCAGAAGCAAUCAACAGUGUACGACGAGAAACCGCCAUUGAAGCUGUUAAUUUCAUCAAAGAGCUCACAGCAGUGGAAAUAAAAGUUGCUUUGGCCAGAGUUUCUGAUGUCGAAGAAAAAUAUGGAAAAACUGCUGUAUUAGCAUCGUUGGAACCGUUGCUUCAUCAAAAGUUUGAAUUGCAACACAACCAAAUAUUUCUCUCCGAAGCGGCGAAGGUAGAACAACAAAUAUCGCAUGCCGACAUAGCAGAGAGCCUGACGGGUAUCAGGACUCUCAUGGACGAGACUAGCUACACGGUCCCUUCAGAAUUGAAGGAGCAAACGUACGAUCAUUUGACAAAACUUUUGCACAAAAAAGUGGAAACUAAGCGGAAAUCAUUGGAAGAGUCUCUCACGAAAGGCUUGAGCCACGUUAAUUGGCUCUCGUCAGGAGACAAAGGUCUUGAAAAACAAUUUGAUUCUACCUUAAUCUUAAAGGAUUUCAAGCAAUUGAUCUCACUUCAAGCCAAUACUGAAGGUCUUGGUGUACCCAAAUAUCCUCAAACAUGGUGGGGUUUGGACAUACUUCUCGGUCCGAUCACUUCUCGUUUCAAAUUCCACUUUGAUUCCCCGAACAAGGACACAAAUAAGUUGUCAAAGCCAGAAUGGGCAUUUGAAUUCAUUGAGAAUUUCUUGAAGGACAACUUAGAUCUUGUCUUAUUGCUCAUAGGCGAAACUUUCGAAAAGAUGGACCUCAUAGCUACCUUUGAGAUCAUCACCACACUACUUCAACCGGUGCGUGCCAAGGUUGUGAAGAUGAUGGAAAUUAUUAAUAAGAACAUCAUUGCAUACGAAGGUGAUUCCGCAAAUUCGGAGCGUACGGGAAGAAUACUUUCCCACUUGAUAUUUGAGCUUUCUGCAUUUGACCAGCGCUUGAAAAACAUCUACUACUACAACCCAUACACUACCUUGAUCAACAAGGAGUCUGAGGUGUGGCUUGGGCUCACUUACGAUUUGUUACUAGGAGAGCAAGGGAAUGAAAGUGCCGGUGCAAACAAUUGGAUCCAAUUUGAGUUGAACCUUGCGACUAAAAGAUUCAACAGUGAGAUCAUAGAACCUGAUAAUUCAUUUAAUAUUGAUCUCGACUUCCUAUCAUCACAAAUCAAUACUGAUACUCAGCUAAAGCCCAGUUAUUCAGCAUACAAUUUGACUCAGUUAUUUGACAGUCUCACCAGCCAUUACCAUACGCUCAACAUCUUGAAAUACCAACUCAAGUACGUUUCCAAUAUUCAGUUGAAACUCAUUGAUCUCUAUGCCAGCGAGAUACGCCAGAGGCUCCAAAAAUUCAAUCUGUCUUUCAGUCUGAAAAUGUCACUCAACUUUUUGCCAAAGGGCUUGAACAGAACAAUAGAAAAGGAAGCUUCUAAUGAGACUUCCGUUGCCAACAGUCUCAAAGGUUUGCAGAUGUUGACCGAGUUAUACUGCCUGGCCAAGUACAUCCGCACGCAGUUGCAGCAAUGGGGUGAUGAUCUUUUUUUCGUGGAACUUUGUCGAGCAUAUCAACAAGUGUCACCUUCAACGGAAGUCAAUGAAACAUUGUUCGAUUCAGCAAUAAACGAUUACGACAAGUUGCUCGAGGAUAUUCUUACCAAAUACGAGGACUUCUUUAAGAAGGAAAUCCGUACCAGUUUGAAAAGUUAUGUCAAUUCUUCGCAGUGGAGCCAGCCAAUGGUAGACAACGAGUCAAUUCCUGAUCCUAGUGGUGAGCUAUCCAUGGUCGUUACCAACAUACCAGUGUUCUUGGAUUACAUUCAGAGGUGUGUUUCCAAGUCUGAUUACUAUGUAAUCGUUGACAAGAUUGUAUCGCUUUUAUCGGUGAUUUUGCGAGAGUAUAUCAUCACCAACAAUCAAUUUAAUUCCAACGGAGUCAAGCAGCUUCAAGUGGAUGUGGAAUUCUUAACGGCCAGACUACUGACAGCUUUAUUACUUGAUCCUCAGGCGCUGACAUACACUACGCUGCUAAACAAGGAUUACCUUCGCAUUGCCGACUCAGUGAAAUUUUUAAAUGUGGUGAAUCUUGAGACAGCCUCGAAAUACAAACGUCAGUACGACAGGAUUGGGGAGUUGCGAAGGAUGUUUGACAAUAAUUUACAGAAUUUGUCGGACCAUUCAAUUAGUGAUCUUAUCGUUAGAAUUAUAUAA